AAACCUUUACGUGGCAGUUUCAGCGGCGGUCUGCGGUCCGUGUGCCCGUUUCCUGUUCUGCGAGACGGAGGACUACAAACUCCAUCUCCGCCGGAGGAGCGCUGUUCGCUCGCUGUCCCUCGUCCUCGCUCUCGCUCUAAAGUACCACAGCUACUCUGGCUGUCGACGCGCUAAUUCUUUAAGAAAACAGCGCCAUGUUUACCCUGUCGGAGCUACUCGUCUUCCUCGGUGUGUUAUCCGCCACGGCCUCUGGGUACUUUGUGAGCAUCGACGCGCACGCCGAGGAGUGUUUUUUCGAGCGGGUGAACUCGGGCACCAAGAUGAGCCUCAUGUUCGAAGUUGCCGAGGGAGGAUUCCUGGAUAUCGAUGUGGAGAUUACGGGACCAGACGGGAAACAGAUCUAUAAAGGGGACCGGGAGUCGAGCGGGAAGUACUCAGUAGCAGCCCAUAUGGACGGAACCUACAAGUUCUGCUUCAGCAACAAGAUGUCGACCAUGACCCCCAAGAUUGUCAUGUUCACCAUUGACAUCGGCGAGGCCCCCAAGGGCCAGGACAUGGAAACUGAAGGUGGUGGAGAAAGCUGGGAUGCACAUCAGAACAAAUUGGAGGAGAUGAUCAAUGAGCUGGCAGUUGCCAUGACAGCAGUCAAACAUGAGCAGGAGUACAUGGAGGUCAGAGAGCGGAUACACAGAGCAAUCAAUGACAACACAAACAGCAGGGUGGUUCUGUGGUCUUUUUUUGAGGCCCUGGUCCUUGUCGCCAUGACUCUGGGACAGAUUUACUACCUGAAGCGGUUUUUCGAGGUGCGGAGAGUGGUUUAGAACUUUCGGAUCUGCUCUGAUGACACAUCGGAUCAUUUGAAGCACUAAAAGAGUUUGCGGCACCAUCAGCUUCAAGAUCAGAUUGGGCUUCACUAGAACUCGAGAAACCCCUGGUUAAAUAUUCAGUUAUACUUUCAUCAGUUGCUUCAGUGUUUGUAUCCCAGUUUUGUUUUCCCUCUGGUAUUUACUGUUAUUUUUAAAUCCCAUGUUUUUAUUGUAAACUCUCGGAGGUCAGAGUUAACAUUUUCUGUUUCCAAGGGCUCAGUCCGUAGGCCUUUGAACAUUGGGAGUUUAUUUGGGGUUUAAUCUGGGAAGCUUAAUUUUACUUUGUAGAACAUCUGAAGAUAAAGUGAGUCAAGUUUUACAGUUAUUCUUGUUUUUUUUAAGUGUUACGUGAAAGUUGAUCACACUGGUUUGGCUGAGGAUUAUGACUGGCUUGGAAGUGGUGCAUUUGUGUAUAUUUCAUAAAGUUAUGAUGGUAGAAAUAUGACUUUUACUGGUGUCCUGAUACAGAUUAGAUAUGUCAGUUUUUCUCCGGACUGAUAAAUGAAACAAACACAAGACAAAAGAGAGAGUUGGUGAAUAAGUUCAAAUGAUGAAGUUUCAGUUCUACUGUAGGAGAGAAGUCUAAAUGUCAGCAUUGUUAUCAUUCAAGGCACAUAAUGAGUUUUCAAAGUCAAAAGUCAAAGUGGCUUUGUCAUUUCAGCCAUAUACAGCUGGUACAGUAUACAGUGAAAUGAAUUUUGUUUAAUUUUUUGAUUUUAUGAAGGCAGGGGUAAUAGCUCAAGGGUGUGAAUCAAUUGUGAUUUGUGUAAAAAUGUUUUUUUUUUUUUUUUUCCCCUCCAUAAUUUAAAAUAUCUGGGAAUAAGUUUUUAUAUUUAAUUUCCUGAUCCAAAAAGUUACAAUAUGAGGGUUUGGUUACUUUGGGGAACCUGCAGCAUCAGUGGGUUAUAAAUGGUAUCAGGUAACUGGUGUGAGGAGCUGUUCCAGGGGAAAUCUGUUGGGGAAAAAAAAAAUCAGGUGGAACUGUAGAAAUGUAAAAAUGCUGAUGUAUGUGAAAUAUGAACCAGGUUUAGUAAAUAAUAAAAACAUUCUUAAAAAA